ACUGAAGAAGUUGUUGAUAUCCAUAAAAAACUCAUAGAAGAUAUAAGAAAAGAUGUAUUUGGUGUGGGAAUAGAGUUAAAUGAAGAUGGCGAAAGAUUAGUUAAGAUUUUACAAGAAAGACAAGGAAGAAGUUUGGAUAGAUUAUCAAAGGAUUUAUAUUCUAAAGAUACUCAUUUUGUUUUAGAACUCAUUCAGAAUGCUGAUGAUAAUACUUAUUCUACUGAUGUUGUAAAGUCUUCAAAUGGUCCAUCAGUAAUGUUUAAAAUAGAUGAUAAUGGUAUUACAUUAUUUAAUAAUGAGCUAGGAUUUAAAGAAGUAGAAAUAAAAGCUAUAUGUGAUGUUGGUAGAAGUACUAAAGGCAAACAUAAAUAUGGUUAUAUUGGUCAGAAAGGAAUUGGUUUUAAAUCUGUAUUUAGAAUAACAGACAGGCCUGAAAUUCACUCUAAUGGCUACCAUUUCUGUUUUGAUGUUAAAAGUGGACCUAUGGGUUAUAUUAUGCCACAUUGGGUUGAAACUGAAGAUGAAGACUCUAUGAGGUAA